AUGACCCACCCUUCGCCCUCACCCCUCCUCUACCCGCUCACACGCACAGGCCCACCGCCGUCCUUCGAGGACAACACCCUCAUCCUCCCCAUGGUCAGCGUGGGCUCCGUACCCCAGCUCGCCGUCGACCUCCUCCUACACUCGCCCGCCCUCGCACUCGAAAAAGUGGCGCGUCUAGACCAUUCAGACUGCAUCCCCUUUGCCGGACCCGACGAGGGCGCAAAGGGAAACGCCAUCUCCACUGCACUCGAAGUCUUUCAGAACCGCGCAGGUCUCACCGUCAUCCAGCACCGCAGCCCCGUAUUCAAGUCGAGGGAAAAGGCCUUUACCGACCGCCUCGUCGCCUGGAUCCGCUCGGCAAACUUCAAGCAGGUCCUCGUCCUCUCAAGCAUCGACGCGGCAGCAAGAACCGACGACGAGCUGUCCACAUCGGUCGUCACCCUCUUCCCAGCACCCCCGCGCACACCGGCCUUGCAGGCCCUCUCGACCCUCUACCCGCCCUUUGAGGUGCGGCCACCACCGCAACACCUCUCCGCCCUCUCUCGCAGCGACCAGGACAGCAACGGCAUCCCGCACAUCCCGGGUGGAGGCAUGACGCGCAGGCUCCUCAACGCUUUCGCAGCAGCAGCAGCCCCAGCAGCAGCAGCACAAACACAGGCAGGGGGAGACGUGGGCGCCCUCCUCCUCUUUUGCGCCGAGGGCGAUAACCGUCCAGACGCAGAGACGCUCGCCCACCUCGUCGCAACGUGUCUCCAGAUCGACGUCGAGAAACCGCUGCAACAUCCUCCGAGCUGGCAGGGCGUCUUUGGCGCUCCCCUCGACCAGGCCAUGUACGGGUAG